AUCAGCAUAGACAUUCGGGCAGGGAGUGUACAAAGCCAAAGGGCAGACUCAGAGGACAUAAGAGGAGGCAGCUUCCCUGCCUCAGUUUACCCCCUGUGUGCAUCCAGGCACCUUCCUCCCCGGCUGCCCUCGGGCCCGGGUCCCCAGAGGCCCGGGGUCCCGCCAGUGCCUGGGGGAGCGGAAGGCGAAGCCUUGAGGGGUGGCGGACCGAGUCCUGCCAGCGCCGGCUGGGGGCGGGGCCGGGAGGCCCGCGCGGCUAGGUCCCCGCCCGCUGGUUUCCUCCGGGGUCAGCCCGGCUCCUUAUCAGGCGCGGCCAGGCAGCCCCGGCCCUUAUCUGCACUGGGCCAGCAUCCUCCGGCCGCUGCGCCGCCAGGGGUGAGAGGGAGGAAACCGGGCCGCCGGGGGCGGGGAGAGGGAAGGCCGGCCCGGGAGCCGCUCACUUUCCCUGGGGGAGACCUAAGCGGAGACCUCGGCUAUCCUGGCCCUCCGAGGCCCACGAGGAGGCGCGGCCCAACGCCGGGGCCUGGAGCAUUGAGGCUGGACCCGAGCGAGACGGCAGAGCCUGGCCUGACGCUGGAAACCACACCCUGGCCCAGACUGCCAACCCUGACGGGACAGAGCCAGGGCACUCACCAGGCUGCAGGAACAGUGCUGGGCAGGGACCCACCUGUGAGGGGCCAGGCCUGCUUCCCCAGGGCCUAGCUGAGGAAGACAGGGCAGAGGGGCCAAGAGUCUCACACCUUGCUGGGACAUCCUGGACUCUGGAACCAAGAGCAAACAGGGAUGUCAAAACACUAUGCAAAAGUGUGGAUGAUGGAGGGGCAUGGUGGUGCAUGCAUGUAAUCCCAGCACUUUGGGAGACUGAGGCAGGAGGAUCACUUGAGCCCAGGAGUUCCAGACCACCCUAGACAACAGAGUGAGUAGCCCCACGUCGGGGUCCAUGUGCCCGCCUCAGGCACAGGCAGAGGUGGGCCCCACCAUGACUGAGAAGGCAGAGAUGGUGUGUGCCCCCAGCCCAGCGCCUGCCCCACCCCCUAAGCCUGCCUCACCUGGGCCCCCGCAGGUGGAGGAGGUGGGCCACCGAGGAGGCUCCUCACCCCCCAGGCUGCCACCUGGUGUACCAGUGAUCAGCCUGGGCCACAGCAGGCCCCCAGGGGCAGCCAUGCCCACCACAGAGCUGGGCACCCUGCGGCCCCCGCUGCUGCAGCUCUCCACCCUGGGAACUGCCCCACCCACUUUGGCCCUGCACUACCACCCUCACCCCUUCCUCAACAGUGUCUACAUUGGGCCAGCAGGACCUUUUAGCGUCUUCCCUAGCAGCCGGCUGAAGCGGAGACCAAGCCACUGUGAGCUGGACCUGGCUGAGGGGCACCAGCCCCAGAAGGUGGCCCGGCGCGUGUUCACCAACAGCCGGGAGCGCUGGCGGCAGCAGAACGUUAACGGCGCCUUUGCCGAGCUGAGGAAGCUGCUGCCGACGCACCCGCCCGACCGGAAGCUGAGCAAGAACGAGGUGCUCCGCCUAGCCAUGAAGUACAUUGGCUUCCUGGUGCGGCUGCUGCGCGACCAAGCGGCAGCUCUGGCCGCAGGCCCCACCCCGCCCGGGCCCCGCAAACGGCCGGUGCACCGGGUCCCGGACGACGACGCCCGCCGGGGAUCCGGACGCAGGGCCGAAGCGGCAGCGCGCUCGCAGCCCGCGCCCCCGGCCGACCCCAACGGCAGCCCCGGUGCGGCGGCCCGGCCAAUAAAGAUGGAGCAAACCGCCUUGAGCCCAGAGGUGCGGUGACCGCACGCGCCAGCAUUUCUGAGCCGGAGGGCACCAGGGACUCGGCCCAGGGCCGUCGAGGAAGGGGCAGUGGACAUGCUGCGCGUGUUCGGGUGCGAACUCCCCCGAAGAAGGACCAGUGAAGACGUCAGGGGCAAGGUCCAGGGGGUCCGGAAGGGUGAUCAUCGCCCCCCAAGGGACCUGCAGACCCUUAAAAAAAAAAAUCACCCACCACCCUGUGGAAGUGGCCUUGCCUGGGUCCCCUUCACAGGGGCGCGGUUGGCAAACUAACAUGGCAGAGCAGUCAUAGGACCCAA